GAUUUUUCCAAUGCAACUUUGAAAUACAAGGGGAUACAUUUUGGCAACUCUUUGGGAAGACUUGAGUUACCUAUAAAGUCAGGACCUGGUCCUGGACAGUAUGAUAUAGGCCAGAAGAAGACCCCUCAUUAUGAAAAUAUUAACAUCAAGAAAGAUCAGCAACUAAAUUAUUGCUUAAAUCUCCCACGAUUUUAUGAAGUAAUAAUAUUGCAGGAGGAAAAAAAGAGAUUUGUACCUAUGAAAUCAAUCACUCCAGCUCCUGGCACAUAUAAUGAAUCUCGAACUGCUUUUAAUUCCUUGAAGAAAACACCAGGACUGAAAAGUACCCCAUUUGGUCAAAGUGCUGCUCGAUUCACACAAGACUGUAGGACAGAGGAAAUGCCAGGUCCUGGGUUUUAUAAUACCCUAAACAAUACUAUAAUUGACAACGUUAGCAAUACCUGCUUGAAGAAACAAAAGAAAAGUGCAUUUGGUUCUUCUGUUCCUCGGACUCUCUUCUUGGUUAAGAAAGAAGCUUUUAGUGCUCCUGGUCCUGCUGAUUAUCAGGUUGGAAUUUCUGAUGAACUACCUGACUUGACUAACUACUAUGCUGCUUUCUUGUCAAGAACACAAAGAUCUACUAAACUGUCAGAUAUGGAUAAUCCAGCACCUGGCAGCUAUAAUGUUCAGAAAUCAUAUGAGAUGUCCCAAGUUCAACAUAAAUACAUGGCACCUCGUAGUUUUGUGGCUAAACUGAAACAUGCCUCCUUUCUUAGCACAACUCCUCGGUGCCUGGAGAAAAUGACUGAUGGGCCAGGGCCUGCAACAUACGAUCCUGUUUUAAAGAAAUCUUGCUCCAUACCCUUAUUUGUUAAAGCAUCAAAGCGUUUUAAAGAUUCCAAAGAGAUUACUCCUGGUCCAGCGACUUAUGAGGUUUGUCAAUAA